CCUCCCACGCCACCGACCUCUUUAAUGGCCGCCGCCGCCGCCGCCGCCGCCGCCGUUACUCGUUCCUCCUCUUCUUCGUCCUCCAGACUAACCAAACCUCUUCCGCCGCCGGUGAAGCCUUUCACUUGUUCCUUCCCUAAAAACCUCCGAAAACCAUAUCCUAUUCUAGUCUCGAAAAAUCCCAUAGCGGAUAUCGUCUCGACCUACAAGCAAUCAACCAUUGCGGAUGCUGAAGCCGAUGAAAUUCAAGUUUCUGAUAGUUACGAUGAUAAGCCUCGGGAGGAGUGCGGCGUCGUUGGAGUGUUCGGCGACCCAGAGGCCUCCCACUUCUGCUACUUAGCGCUCCACGCUCUCCAGCACCGCGGCCAAGAGGGCGCUGGGAUUGCGACGGCGGAAAAAGGCGUACUCCAGUCGGUGACCGGCGUAGGCCUCGUCUCCGACGUCUUCGACAAAUCGAAACUGGCUGAAUUGCCUGGAAACAUCGGCAUAGGGCAUGUUAGGUAUUCGACGGCUGGUUCUUCGUUGCUGAAAAACGUGCAACCCUUCGUUGCCGAAUCUCUCGGAAUUGGAGUGGCUCACAACGGAAACCUGGUGAAUUAUCAAUCCCUGCGCGCGGGGUUAGAGGAGUCAGGGUCGAUUUUCAGUACGACGUCGGAUACAGAGGUUGUUCUUCAUCUGAUUGCAGCUUCCAAGUCGCGGCCAUUGUAUGUCAGAAUCAUUGAAGCCUGCGAGAAGCUGGAGGGAGCCUAUUCCAUGGUGUUCCUGACCAAGGACAAGCUGGUGGCUGUGCGCGAUCCAUUGGGAUUCCGGCCAUUGGUUAUGGGAAGGAGGAGCAAUGGAGCCAUCGUUUUCGCUUCAGAAACAUGUGCAUUAGACCUAAUCGAGGCGACAUAUGAACGCGAAGUUCUCCCCGGCGAGGUUCUGGUGGUGGACAAGGAAGGAAUUCAGGAGUAUUGUUUGACGCCACGUCCGGUGCCUAAAUCGUGCGUCUUUGAGCACGUGUACUUUUCGCAGCCGAGUUCCGUGGUGUUCGGGAGGUCUGUGAUGCAAUCGAGGCUUGCAUUAGGCGAAAUCUUAGCGACAGAAUCGCCUGUGGAUUGCGAUGUUGUGAUUGCAGUCCCGGAUUCAGGGGUGGUGGCAGCAAUUGGCUAUGCUAAGAAAGCCGGGGUGCAAUUCCAGCCGGGUCUGCUGAGAUCGCACUACGUAGGAAGGACGUUCAUCGAGCCUUCUCAGCCGAUCAGAGACUUUGGCGUAAAGCUGAAGCUGUCGGCGGUGAAGGCAGUGUUGGAGGGGAAGCGCGUGGUGGUGGUGGAUGACUCGAUUGUUAGGGGAACAACUUCGCUGAAGAUAGUGAGGCUUCUGAGGGACGCGGGAGCGAAGGAAGUGCACAUGAGGAUUGCGAGCCCUCCGAUCAUAGGGUCGUGCUACUAUGGAGUGGACACGGCUAGUAGGGAGGAGUUGGUGUCGAGCAGGAUGGGGGUGGAGGAGAUAAGGGAUAUGAUCGGGUCGGAUUCGUUGGCAUUUGUGUCGCUGGAGAGGAUGAAGGAAAUGAUGGGGGAUGAUUCCGACAAGUUCUGUUAUGCUUGCUUUGAUCGGGAGUAUCCGGUGCCGGUGCCGGAGCUGGAAGCGAAGGUGGUGAAUGGUAUGGGAAAUAGAAAAGAAUGUGAAGGUGAAGCACGAAGGGUGGUGGAGGAUCUGAGUAUUCUUACUAAUUUAAGAAGAUAGGAUUAGGUGGUUUUGUUUUUUGAAUCACGGGCAUACUAUUACGCUUAUGAGACUUCUUGAUGACUGAUUAAAUAGGUAGUUUUGAUUAUUAUUAUUGGCAUGUUUUUG